AAAAAUACUUUGGUUGCACACAUUGUCAACUUUCUUUCUCAACAACUCAAAAACCCAGAUGUUUGCUUUCUUUCUGUACCACUUUCUCUAAAAUUUUUUUUUUUUCUCUCUCUCUCUCUCUCUCUCUCUCUCUCUAAAACCCAAAAUCUCUCUGUUUUUUUUUUAAAAACUUUCUUUCUACACAAUGAUCCAUCAAUCAUUUAAUCUUUUUCCAUUUCUUGUUCUUUCAAUUACAGUAUCUGUCUAAUUUUGUUUCUCUCUGCAUUUUUGCUUUUAAAAAGACUUUUUAAUCUGACUCCUCUAUUGUUACUGGGUUGUAUAUCCACUUUCUUGAUUUUGAUCCACAUACCCAAAUCCCCAGUCUUUACUGUAUUGCAAUCAAAAUCUUCGAAAGUUGAAACCUUUAUAGUUUCUUUUGAGCAAUUUGGAGAAGUGGGUAUUGUUUUAAAAGGAAAUGAGGGAUGCUCUCGUGGCUGGCAAGGAUAGCAAUGGCAUGUUGGAGACCAGUCAGUCGAUAUGCCCGUAUGAACAAGGAUGAUAGUAUUCAUGAUGAUGAUGAUUCCUCAAUUGGUGACUCUCUUUUAUGGUCUAGAGACCUUGAAAAACAUUCUUAUGGCGACUUCUCUUUUGCUGUUGUUCAAGCUAAUGAAACCAUUGAAGAUCACAGUCAAGUAGAAACUGGCCGUGAUGCUACUUUUAUUGGUGUUUAUGAUGGUCAUGGUGGACCUGAGGCUUCUAGAUUCAUUUCUGACCAUCUUUUCAAAAAUCUCAUGAGGUUUGCUGGAGAAAUAGGAAGCGUUUCUGAAGAAACUCUUAGAAGGGCCUUCUCUGCUACUGAGGAAGGCUUUCUUACUCUAGUUCGUAGGACUUGUUCAAUUAAACCAUUGAUUGCUGCAAUUGGAUCUUGUUGUUUGGUUGGGGUUAUAUGGAGAGGGACAUUGUAUAUUGCUAAUCUGGGUGAUUCUCGAGCUGUAAUCGGUUGUUUAGGUAGAUCUAAUAAGAUAGUUGCUGAGCAAUUGACCAAGGAUCAUAAUGCAAGUAUGGAAGAGGUUAGACAAGAACUUAAAUCUUUGCAUCCAGAUGAUUCACAUAUUGUCGUUAUGAAGCACGGUGUUUGGCGCAUCAAAGGCAUCAUCCAGGUAUCUAGAUCUAUAGGUGAUGCAUACCUGAAGAAGCCAGAGUUUUCUCUUGAUCCUUCAUUUCCACGAUUCCACCUUCCUGAGCCUAUUCGCCGGCCUGUGCUAACAUCAGAGCCAUCCAUAAGUUCAAGAGUUCUACGACCCAAUGAUAAAUUUGUCAUAUUUGCAUCUGAUGGACUUUGGGAACACAUGACAAACCAGGAGGCUGUGGAGAUGGUGUAUAAUUAUCCUCGAGCUGGAAUUGCAAGAAGACUUGUUAAAACAGCUUUAAAAGCGGCAGCUAGGAAGAGGGAGAUGAGAUACGAUGAUCUUAAGAAGAUUAACAAGGGCAACAGACGGUUUUUCCAUGAUGAUAUAACAGUGAUUGUCAUCUUUACAGAUCACGAAUUGCAGGGUAAAAAUAUAUCUGUACCGGAGCUGUCGAUGCGGGGUUUUAUUGACACUGUUGGACCAUCGCGUUUUAACACUCUCCAUGGUUGAUGCCAGUAUCAAGAAUAGCCUGUAGCAACCUGAAAUGGUGACUGGAAGAGCAAACUUGGCAUGCUUGUGGUCUCCUCUUUGCCAUCCCUUUUCUGCGCCUCGAAAUGUAUUCUAGUUCCUGGGGUGUAAUAUGUUUAGUUCUCUCAUUUCUGCUUUCUUGCUAUAAAUCCUCAUAAGGGAAGCUAUAAAAUCUUUUUUCUUUUUCUUUCUUUAUUUUUCUUUUGGGUUUAACAUGCUGGAAUUUGUAUACAUUCAAGUUGGUAACAAUUCAUACACGAUGUUCCAAAUAAAUUUCUGUAUUUCAUGGCAA